AUGCAAAUCUAUUUACUAAGCAUUUUUAGUAUUGUAGAUGAUAACCUAUUCUAAAGUUAGAAUUUAGGAACUUAUUAUCUGUAUUUGAUGAUAAUGCUUACUUUAAUAUUCUAUGGGUUCACUGCUUUCAAGGAUCCAGGAUUUGUUACCAUAAAUGAUUAUCAAUACACAGAUAGUUCGAAUCCAUAUUAAAAGAAGAGAUAAUAAUUUCAUCCACUUCCAGGCAAUUUUUAAUUGAGAACAAAGGAGCAAGUAGCAGAAGAACGAAUAGAUUUGAAAGUUGUUGAAUCAGCUAAAAAGAAUCCAAAGAAUAAAGAAGAUUUUGAAAUUGUCUGCGAGGCUUCAAUAGAUGAAUAAAAUAUCCCUGAUAACGAAAUACAAAAUAUUGAGAAUAAUGAUGCAGAUAACGAGAGGACUCCGAAGAAAUCUAUGACUCCUUCUAAGGGUGUUUCAUAAUCGGAAUGUCCUCAUUCAAAUAAUGUUCCAACCUCAUUAGUGCUUUCAUAAGGGAGUACGAAGCCUGACAUAAAUAAUAAUAAUGCUAACACACAAACUGAUCCUCAAUCUCACUUUUAAUAGGAAAUUAUAGUUGAAUAAAUUGAACAUCAAUAAUCGCCUAAAUCUGCGAAUAAUGAUAAGAACAUUGAUCAAAGUGUUCAUCAUGGGAAUAGCAUGUUCAUUGAAAAGAGAUAUUGUCCCAUCUGCAAUCAAGAUCAAAUCAUCAGAUCCAAACAUUGUCGAAGAUGUAAUAGAUGUGUGGCAUUAUAUGAUCAUCAUUGUCCAUGGACUAGCAAUUGCGUUGGAGAAAGGAAUAGAUGUGUAUUUUAUUGGUUUCUACUUUUCUAGAUCCAAGAAAUCAUAUAUGUAAUGAGAGAAGCUUUUCCACACCUUGACUUCUCUUAAUAUAGUGGAGCAUUUUCAUCUAUUGGUAACAAUAUCAAUGGGGUUGAUGGUUCUGAGCUUAUUUUUAUUUCAUUCUUUGUUGACUUGUAAGAAUAUGACCACUUGGGAAUAUAAGAGUUGGAGAAGGAUUUCAUAUCUCAAAGAUUUUCCAUAAUAGUUAGGAUCACCCUUUAGCAGUGGAUGGAAGCAAAAUCUGAGACAGUAUUGUAGAUUUAGUGUGCCUAAAUUGACUAAUUGGGAAUAUAGUAGUACAUAAAAUCUGAAUUUUAUAAAAUGAAUAAUUAAUCAUUUAAUUAGACAUAGUAAUAGCAUCAAUAUGAAGAAAUCGAAUAGGCUCUUUAGUUGCAAUGUGAUUUUGUUGAUAAAGUAGUCUCCAAUUUAACACUUGUCAAUAAAGAUUUAUUAAACUUUCAAUCUUAACCCCAAGAACAAUGGUAGAUGGAGAAAAAUAAUUAUCUAAAAUAAAUUGUAGAUUUGAGAUCCCACAUUGACAAAAUCCAAUCAGAUUACGAGUCUGAAAUAGUUCAAAUGAGUGAGAGAUUUCAAAUUGCAAAGAAUAAAUUGUAAGAAGAACAUGAUAUGGCUAUUCAAAUGAAAGAUAAUUAAAUUAUCAAAUUGCAACAGGAAUUGAAAUAACUCACUAAAUAAAAAGAGGAAUUAUAAUCCUAAAUUUAAUAAUCUAAUAGAAAAUCUUCUAAUGAUCAGACCACUCUAGUCAAUAAAUUACAAUCUGAAAAAGAAAACAAUAAACUUAAAGAUGAAAAUAAAAUGCUUAAAAUCCAAUUGCAAUAAUUGUAAGACCAGAAUGCAAAAUUAGAAGAAACCAUAUCAAAAAAACAUCAGUCAUUUCAAGAGUAACUAAGCAUCAAAUAAAAAGAAAUUAAUUAAAUGAAGGAACUUGCUUAAGUCAUCUUAGAUUAAAGAACAUAAAUUGAAGAUUUCUUUCUGGAAUCUUUGCAAAAAUUAGAAUUAGGGGAUGACUUGUAAAUUAAGUCACUGUCUCAAAAUGCUAAAAUUUAAAUAUUAAAAGAAAUUAUUGCUGCUUUUACAAAGAAAAAGCACUGA